GGCGUGGUCAUGUUGAAGUAGCUUCACAGCCCUGCCAGUUUCCCACGUGUCGGCGCAGAGCGAGGCGGACGCGUGAGCUGCUCAAAAUGGCGCGGAUGGACGGUGUCGUGAAACCGAAGACGAAGAGGUCCAAGCGGUUUCUGCAGAACAGGGAGGCGAAGCUUGUGGAAAACGCGAAGACCGCUAUGAUCCUCAAAGGAGGCAACACGAGCGAAACGGUCACUCACGCGCUUAAGGAUGUAUAUGCAUUAAAGAAACCAAAUGCUGUUCUGUAUAAGAAGAAGAACAUCAUGAGGCCGUUUGAGGACCCCACGUCUUUGGAAUUUUUCUCCAAGAAAUCGGACUGCUCCCUGUUUUUAUUUGGUUCUCACAACAAGAAAAGACCCAACAACCUCAUAUUUGGUCGUAUGUUUGACUCCCAUGUGCUGGAUAUGUUUGAGCUGGGCGUGGACAGGUUCUCAUCUCUAAAGGACAUCAAGAGUACCAAGUGUGCAGAAGGGACCAAGCCCAUGCUGCUGUUUGCAGGAGAGCUCUUCCACACAGACACAGAAUACACACGCCUCCGUAGCGUCCUGACAGAUUUUUUCCGGGGGCCCACGGUGUCUGCGGUGCGUCUGGCGGGACUUGAGCACGUCCUCCAUUUCACCGCCCAGGAUGGCAAGAUCUACAUGCGCAGUUACAGAGUCAAACUGAAGAAGUCUGGGUGUCGCACCCCUCGGGUGGAGCUGGAGGAGAUCGGCCCCGCAUUUGACUUCGUCCUGAGGAGAACUCACCUAGCCUCAGAUGACCUAUACAAGACGGCACACAGACAGCCCAGAGGCCUGAAGGCCAAGAAGAAGAAAAACAUCUCCCAUGAUACCUUUGGCACGAAGUACGGGCGCUUGCACAUGCAGAAACAGAACCUGGACAAGCUGCAGACGAGGAAGAUGAAGGGCUUGAGGAAAAGGAAAGGGGGAGUUAAGUCUGGACAAACCCCUCCCAAGAAAGCCAGAACGGGGCUCUAACGGACAGAACCUGGCUGUUCCUAGUCACUCUGAUUGUCACGACACAUGGAGGGAGGACUUGGUUCUGAGUGGGGUAAUUGUGGGAGGACUUGGUUCUGCGUGGGGUGAUUUGGUUUGGGCUAGACUCUGAUUAAUCUCAGGUUACACUUGGACUGUUCCAACGGGCUGGUCUAAAUUUGUGUGCUUGCUCUGUUUGUCCAGCGGUCCAUGCUGUUCUGCAUUCCUGGACACGUUGUGUUAAAGACUCCAUACAGUCAUUUGUUUGUUUCAGCUACAGAGAGGUGACCAGCGCCCAGCUGGAAACUGACUGGGUUCUAGAACCAGGGAAUCUAGUACUCACAUGGGGUUCUAGAACCAGGGAAUCUAGUACUCACAUGAGGUUCUAGAACCAGGGAAUCUAGUACUCACAUGGGGUUCUAGAACCAGGGAUUAAUAUAUUCUAAAACCAAGUCCAGAUGACAUGAUUUGCUCCGUUGUCUGACUGCUCCAGACCACAGGCAUCAUGUGGCUGUGGCUACGCAAGAAAAUGCUCAAAUUUGUAGUAUUUGUCACAUUUUGUAAACAUUUUCAAACUAUAAUAAACCCCAUUUCCUGGU